CGUUUUCAAAACUUUUUUAUUUUCUUUUUAUGCUUUCGGGAGUUGCUUCCAUACAAGAUUGUUACUACAAGGAAUUUCGUUUGCAGUUUUACGGAAACCUUUCUGAAUCAAACUACCAAACCAUUUUCUCGGCAGAGGGGAUGUAUUAUGGGAAUACGUUAAGUAUGUGUACGGAUUUUUGCACUGAGGAUCUUCGGUGUAUAGGAAUAGAAAUUUGUCAAGUAAGAGAGAAUUGGUUCCAGUGUCGAGUGUGCUGUGCAUGGUUAAAGACAGGGAAGAACUACACCUCUGAACAGCCCGGAUGUAAAUACUUUGAAACGGAGUAUGAAAGCAGGCAGAAGCUGGUGGCGACGACAGCUAGUUCAAGUUCAGUGUUUGAUGACAGUGCCAAAUUUAAGGCUUCGAAUGCAAUAGAUGGAUCAGCAAGAUGUGAAGUAGGAGAUAAUAUCAAUUUAACUCACACCAACCUGCAGAUAAAUCCGUGGCUAAAAGUCAGUUUAAUCAACACCAGCAUUGUUGAAAGAGUUUUGAUUUACAAUAGACAAGACUGCUGUGGAGAACGGCUACAUGAUGUACGAGUAGAUAUCACAGAAAAUGGACAUAAUGUUUCGUGUGGUUUCUACCCCGGACCAGCUGUCACCGGUGACCGUAUCCUGUUUCUGUGUGAAAAGGAUACCAGAGGGAAUGGUGUUACAAUUUCUAUUUUAUCAAAAGACGGACAACCUGACUCAGAGAUGAGUCGGAAAGCUUCAGGAACAAUCCGAUGUCUGAGAAAUCGGCAGAAAGAAUGA